AUGUCGAGCCUGCGCCGCUCCCUCCUCCCCGCCCUCCUCGCGCUCGCGCUCGUGCACGUCGUCGCCGCUCAGUCUGCCAACGAGCAGGCCCAAGACAAGGGCAUCGUUGUCGAGACGGCGCCAGCUGCAGCUUUCCUCGUCCUGUACCUCACUGCGACCGUCGUCCAGUGGUGCCUGUGGUUCCGGCACGGCAUGACUCUCGGGUUCCUCCUGCGUGUCAAGAACAACUACGCGUGGCAAUUCCUCUUCACCUUUUUGUCGCCCUGCGCCUUCCUCGCACACGGAUACGUCGUCCUCAAGCACAUUGCAAAAGCCCUGGACCGCGAGGUGUCGUCAGCCUGCCUCUUCAUCCCGGCUCGUGGCCUCGUCUACAUCUUUGUCCUCAGCGACGUCGUCACGUUCAUGGCGCAAACUGCCGGCACUGCGUUGGUCAUCAUCGGUGGCAAAUGGCUCUCCCUGGGUGAGAAGCUCGCAAUCUCGGGUCUCGCACUCGCGCUUGCCUCCUUCUCCCUCUUCACCGUCCUCCUCGUCGUCUUCACAAAGCGCAUCCGGGCUCGUGAUUCGGACGUCUACUUUCCACGCACCUCAACGCGACGCAGCACCUUCAACCCUUGGUCCAAGGAGCCGGUCGACGACCUGCGCACGCUCCUCGUUGUCCUUGGCCUGACCUGCAUCGCGAUUCUCGUUCGGAGCGUCUUCCGCCUGAUCGAGCACUUCUUUGGCUACAUUGCCACGCACGAAGCCUAUCUGUACGCGUUCGACUCGACGCCGCUCUGGCUCGGCAUGGCGCUCUUCUGCGUCGUCUGGCCGCCUCGCCACGUCGCCGGCCUCAACGCUCAGCAGGACCCACUUCUCUUGAGCGAGCGUGGGCAUGUCGCUCCUCGUGGCGCAGCGAAGCACUCGGGCGGCGCAAGGGCGCGCGGUGGAGCAGGGCUGGAGCAGCUUGGCGGAAAGUAG